AUGCAGAAAGAAAUCUUUGAGCAGCCAGAGUCCGUAAUCAACACAAUGAAAGGGCGAGUCAAUUUUGAUGACCUAACAGUAAAAUUGGAAGGUCUGAAAGAUCACAUCAAAGAAAUUCAAAGAUGUCGACGGCUAAUCCUCAUUGCCUGUGCAACUAGUUACCAUGCUGGAGUUGCUACACGUCAGAUCCUUGAAGAGCUCACAGAGCUUUCAGUCAUGGUGGAAUUGGCUAGUGACUUCUUGGACAGGAGCACUCCUGUAUUCAGAGACGAUGUGUGCUUCUUCAUCAGUCAAUCAGGGGAAACAGCAGAUACUCUUCUUGCCCUGCAUUACUGCAAAGAACGGGGAGCCCUCACAGUGGGGAUCACUAACUCCAUUGGCAGCUCCAUCUCCAAGGAGACAGACUGUGGUGUCCACAUUAAUGCCGGGCCUGAGAUUGGUGUGGCUAGCACAAAGACAUACACUAGCCAGUUUGUAACACUGGUCAUGUUUGCACUGUUGGUUUGCGAUGACCGCUUCUCUGUGCAAGAGCGACGCAAGGAAAUUAUACAUGGUCUGAAAAUCCUGCCAGAUCACAUUAGGGAAGUACUUAGCCUUAAUGAUGAGAUUCAGAAGCUGGCAGCUGAACUGUACCAACAGAAAUCUGUUUUAAUCAUGGGUCGUGGAUAUCACUAUGCAACCUGUCUGGAAGGUGCUUUGAAAAUUAAGGAAAUCACUUAUAUGCAUUCGGAAGGAAUCUUGGCUGGGGAGCUGAAGCAUGGUCCGCUGGCCUUGAUAGACAGACUUAUGCCAGUCAUCAUGAUUAUAAUGAGGGAUCAUGCCUACACCAAGUGUCAGAAUGCUCUGCAGCAAGUGGUAGCUAGACAGGGGCGUCCAGUUGUGAUCUGUGACAAGGAGGACACCGAAACGAUUAACAGCGUCAAACGUACAAUUAGGGUUCCUCACACAGUGGACUGUCUUCAAGGAAUACUGAGUGUGAUCCCCCUGCAGCUCCUUGCCUUCCAUCUUGCCGUUCUCAGAGGAUAUGAUGUGGAUCGUCCAAGAAACUUAGCCAAGUCUGUGACUGAGUAA